AGCCCAACAGCUGAUAUGUUAGUGAAAGUGAUUAUAUGCUGACGAUUUCUAAACGAGGCCAAAAUCAACUGAAAGUGAAGUUUAAUGUGAGGUAAAAUAUCAGCCAAAUCAGGAGAAUCUUACUCUCCCUGUGGCUUUCUUGAGAUCCUCUUUUUGUUGGACAACGAUUUGCAUCAGUAAAUUUUCAGCAUGGAUCCCAUCGAGGACUUGAUUCUACACUCGUUCAGCGACGAGGACAGUACAGACGAUAUGGAGCUGGAGCACAGCAACGACGAGUUGUAUGUCGCCAAUUCGGAUAUUGGCGGGAUUGAUAUGACCAAAGGCUCGGGUUCCCCAAGUGUCGAACUUCGCUUCUCCCCCACAGAUAAUGAAGACCAGCACACCUACACUGGAAUAUGCCCCAACAUGCCCUGGGAUGACAAGCCAAAAGUUGUGGAACGGUGGCUCCAAAUGUACCAGGAUGGAACGUUUACCACACAAUGUCUACGAGAGUUUUGGAAAAUGGUUGUCCCACCCAACUUUUGUCCCGUGCCUGGGCACAAUUGCAUGGAAUCCUUGUAUGAUGAAACACAAGUAGUCAGAGAGAUGAUCCUUCCCCUCGAGCAGUUCCUCUGUGGGGCUCCUACUGGGGAUCCAGACAAAGUGUGGGAAGAGCUGUCUAAAAAUGACAACCCUCCUGCCCUGUGUGGUAGAGUCUUUCGCAUGGGAGAACCCACCUACAGCUGUCGGGAUUGUGGAGCUGAUCCCACAUGCGUUUUAUGCGCCGACUGUUUCCGUAAUUCAGAGCACAAACAACAUCGCUACAAGUUGAGUACUUCGGUUGGAGGGGGUUAUUGUGACUGUGGUGAUACGGAAGCCUGGCGCCAAGCACCUCGUUGCUCACUCCAUCAGUGUGAUGCCACAGCGUCCGCCCUUCUGCUUGAUCCCACCGCCAGGAAGAAAGCAGCCUUAGAUCGUCUAGAUCGAAUAGCUGCCGUCAACAUGGCUGAUCGCUGCCGUUUUGUCAUCGAGGCCGUACUUAAAUACGCGCAGGAACUCUUGGGAUCCAACACGAAUCUCAACCUGCCCGUCGACUUAAAAAUCAAAGAAGGCGAUAGUGGAUCGAUGCCAGUAGAUCGACGGGAUUUCGGCCCAUGUGGACCAGAGUUAUAUACGUCCGUCUACGCCACGGCCGUUUAUAACGACGAAUCCCACACGUUCGAGCAGGUCAUUCAAGCUCUACAGCGUUCGCUGGAUGUCAGUUCUCGCGAAGCAGUCGAUCUUGCAACGUGCAUCGAUCGCGAGGGUAGAAGCAUAGUCCGUUGUUCAUCAUUUCAGGCUUGCAAUCAAGCCCGAUCAGCUAUUGAACGACACACGUCACGUUUGCCUCCACGUGCUCUGAAAGUCUGCGUCCUCCUCGGACCCUUCUUGGCCCACCAGGGACAUGCCCUUCGUCUUCUCAAUUGGCUUCGCAAAUUAAUGGGCAUUUGUGAAGGCUUCCGCCUUCUCCUAGCUGAUAUCAUUAUGAAGCCGAUAUCGCGGGACUCUGAUGUAUCGCUAUUGGAAUCCGUCCUUCUCUCCGACACCCAAUUAUGGAAGGCUGCGCGAUCUGCUUGGCAUCGGCUAUUUAUUGCUGGAUUAUUGAUGGAUCCUGACGCUAAACGGGAUUUCGCCACUAUAUUUACACGACAUUAUGGACGACUGAUGAGCGACUUUAUUUCGGACGAUCACGAUCAUUCGCAUAGCGUGACAUCCCUAUCGGUCCAGCUCUUUACCGUACCGACGCUCGCCCAGUACCUGAUGGGCCAUCAUGAAGCCUUGACGGCCUUAUUGCGUUGUUUCCUCGGCGAGAUUGAGCGCCGGAAGAAUUUGGACGGCCUGUUGUCUUUCGAUCGGAGCCGGAAUCAACAGUCUUUCCGACGAGCCAUGUACGUCUUGUACGACAUCAAGUACUUGUUGUCUGCAGUGCCUCUUCCAGAGCUGGACGAGGGCUCGCAAAUGCAGACACAAGUGGCAGACGACACGGAUUCGACGUCCGGCCGGUGGAGCGAGCCGUUGCGCAAGGGCUUUUUGCACGGGCUUCACAUGUUGCUUUCCUUGCUAGCUUCUAUGGAGGGAAUGGACAGCGUCGUUCGUCAGACGGGCCAGCAUGUUGAAUUCGAAGCUGAAUGGGAAGCCGCAUUUAAUCUUCACUGUAAACUUGCGCCCGUAUUGACGCUUAUUGUCCAGUGGUGUGCAUCAGACCGUAAAGUCCUUCUCAAGUCCACCAGAGCUGCCCUAAAGAAAUUCCAGGAAUUGCAACCCAUGGAGCAGCAACCGAAAAACGCUGUGACGCUGUUGACCUUUACGCAGCUUUGCUAUGAUUAUGACGUAUCAACGCAACCGAUCAGCGUUCAUCUUCCACUGUCCCGAAUGAUUUCUGGCCUCUUGUUGGCUUUACCUAAACACGGACUUGAUUGGAAUUGCUCGGAGAUGACAUUGGACUCCAAACCGACUCUCCUCCAGCUAAUGGAAGCGCCUCUCCGUCUUCAAGUUUUGAUGGCACAGGUUCAAGCUGGAAUGUGGCGCCAUAAUGGUUACUCGCUCAUCAAUCAGCUCUACUUUUAUCAAAAUGUCCGAUGCCGGACAGAGAUGUACGAUCGCGACAUCGUCUUGUUGCAGCUAUGCGCCGCCCUAUUCGAUUCACCCGAUUCGUUCUUGCUGGCCUGUCUCCACCGUUUCAACCUCCUCAACUGGGCCAAAGCAGAUUUCGAUGCUAAUCAACAGCAACUGGCCAAACAGACUUCUUCUUCGACCAAAAAAAGCAAUACCGAAGAGGAUAUGCUCCGCCAAACAAUUUUUAUCGCUGAAGAGUUUCUACGUCUCAUAAUUAUAUUGUCCCUCGAAAGAUUUACGCCCGGCAUUGGACAGGUGGACGAAGAUGAAUGUUUGAGCCACGAGGUGUUGCACUUGUUGUGCGUCGAAUCGCAAGGUCACGCAGCUCUUAAUCGAGCCCUCCCGGAAGAUGCUCAUCACGAGACGGGCCUGGAACGCGUUGCCGAUAAAGUGGCCGUCUUCCGCAAACCGUUGCAAGGAACGGGCCGGGGUGUCUUUUCGCUCAAACCCGAAUUCUACGGUGAUUACAAUGUGUACCAUUACCACUACAGCCGCGAAGAUCAGUCCAGGUCGGAGGACAACGUCAGGAAGAUCCGCCGAGGCCGUAACGAAGAGAAUUGCUGCCCGCCACCCGUGCCUAUUACUCUGGCUCCGGCCCUACGUGGUCUGGUCGGACUGAUGAACUGCGACAUCACUAUGCACCUCAUCCAUCAGGUCCUUUUGAGGACUUAUGACCUCCGUUCACGCACCUUCUCCGAGGGCCAGCUUCAGGCCGCCUUGCAUCUCACUGGGCUGGCGCUCCGAGAAGAAGAGUCGUGUCAACAGGACAAAACACGUCCGGCCUUUGCGUUUAGCGUAGAAGCUCAAGAACGAUUUGGAUUGCUCACUGUGCUCGAGUCGUUGCAGACAAACGGCAGAGUGGACGUUCAUCGUCCACUGUUGAUGUGGACUAUCCGCAAAUUCCGGGCAGUACACUCCGCUGCCCAGUCAAGCAGUUCUGCAGAAGGAGCUGGUGGUGCGGCGAUGGAAGCCGAAUCAGCCGAAGGACCCGGACAGGAAUCACCGGCGGAAGCUGCAGCUCGUCAGCGCAAAGCUGAAAUGGCCGCCGCUCGACGAGCCGCCAUUUUGGCCCAAAUGUCGGCGCAACAAAAGAGCUUCAUCAAGGAGCAUGCCAAACUGUUCCAAGAAACAGGUUCAUCUAUUUCAGAGAGCGGAGGCGCGUCUACCUCAAAUCUCGGGUCUACUUUAAGCGGAUCCGCCAUGGAUUUGUCUGAAUCGUCGCCGACCAGCGCUCAAACCUUCCCCAUUUGCCUCGGCCCGGGCUUCACCGUGGCGCCUUCGACGUCCGAUACCAGUUACACGUGUAUCGUUUGCCAGGAGGAACACCGACAGACGGGCGAACAGCCGGUCAUGGUCUUGGCGUCUUUCGUCCAACUAUCAGCCGUCCUACGGUGGAAGAAUGACAAGGAUGCCGUGGAAGAACCGCUGCCUGAAACGUGGCCGAUGUUAAUUGAUGGUGGCCGGCGGAUCGGGACCCAUAUAUCAACGUGUGGUCACGUCAUGCAUUUUCAGUGCUGGCAGCAACAUUUCGACUCCCUUCUGGGCCGGGAACGCAGAAGAUCGUAUCGACCUCGGCAGAGCGCAAGUUUCGACGUGGAACGCCACGAAUUUCUCUGCCCAUUGUGUAAAAGUUUGUCCAAUGCGGUAUUACCCAUUCUACCUAACCGUUCAGCGUCGAGCGUCCGUCCCAGUGGAUCAGAAGCCGGCCAGGCUGAUAUGAGCAUAUGGUUGGAGGGCCUGCAGCUCCUGGCUGACAACAGUCGGGAAAUGAAAUACAGCAAAACGGAUAACACCAGCAUCUACGAAACGUGCGGACCCGCUGAGUUGGAAACUAAGUUGGGGUCCAUGAAAUCCAAGCUGUUUGUGAACGUGCUGAUGGCUCGCACUCGACCAAAGAUAGCAACAACACUAAAAGAGAUGGCUUCAUUGUUCGUCCAGUCGGUAUAUACGACGGCCGUCGCAGCCAACCCCAACGCAGAUGAUAUUCGUGUCCCGAUGGCAAUCGCCCAGGCAACGGCUUUCACCAUCUUAUCAACCGAAUCGUUGCUUGCUUAUCAGAAUCACAGUCCGUCAACCGGACUGGCCGCCCGCCAAGAGGAGGGCUUGAGAGCUCUCCUGCGGUUGGUUAUUUCCAUGGAGUCCAUCGUCACCUCACAAGAAGUGAUGAAGAACUAUGCACUUCACUUACUGCGUAUGGUUCUGCUCCCCAGUAGUACAAUUUCCGUCUUAGAAAUUGACGCAUUCGGUCUUUUGCUCGGCCUCUUUUGUACCUUGCCUUCACUUAGUGAGCCAUCCUUUGACAGCGACGUCCGAGGAGUACCCCAAUUCAACCCAAUUCUGGCUUGGCACGUUUUCCGUUUGUGUUUGUUCUGUCAUGUGACGCAAAUUGCGGCUACCAUGGCGCCUGCAUCCGAACAUAUGGAUAUGGAUCAGCCGUCAUGCAGUGCCAGUACCUUUACCACCAGUGAAAGUUGGCAGACUUACCUGCAAGUACUAGGCCGCCCUGAUAUUGCCAGCCAUGCAAAUCCCACAGAACAGUGGGUGACGGAACAGUGCCUGCCCUUUUUGCGGUCGUCGGCCAUCCUGUUCCAUUUCAUCACCAACAUCCCGUACCCAAAACUGGAUGAUGCUUACGAUAACUACGCCGAAGCCGUCCUGUGGUUACGCUAUUUAGGCGUGGAAUCUUUAAGCCAGCUGGUAUCCGAAAGCUGGAGCAAAGCGUUGUUGUCUCUCUGGAACGUUGUUCCACCAUUGGCCAGCACCAGUGACGUCGUGUUGGCGGAGACGACAUUAGCCAAACCAAGACCACCGUGGACCUUUCCCGUUAUGUCUUCCGGACUCAUUACACUUCCGUCCGACUAUAGUGAACUCAUUAACGCAGCUUCUCUAUUCACGUGCCCCAAUAGCGAAGGGGACGAGGCGCGCACGCCGGCCAUGUGCCUCGUUACUGGCAAAAUGCUUUGCUCUCAGAGCUAUUGUUGCCAGACGGAACUGGACCAGCAGCAAGUAGGGGCUUGUACGGCUCACGCUCAGGUCUGCGGAUUGGGAGCAUGUCUCUUUCUACGAGUCCGUGAAUGUAAAUUGCUCCUGAUGGCCGGCAAAAGCAAAGGUUGCUUUCUACCUCCGCCUUACGUCGAUGCUUACGGCGAGACGGACCAGGGCCUACGUCGUGGUGAUCCGCUCCACAUCUGUGAUGCCUCUCGCCGGAAGUUGGAGCUCCUUUGGCGCUCCCACGGUCUCUACAACGAAGCGGCAAAGUACAUGGAGAAUUCGCAGGCCCUCGUCGUGACCGAAUGGCACCACCUCUAAUCCUCCCAUAUUUCCCUCAUACACAUACACCCGACGUUAUAACUCCCGCCUCCCAUUUCUUUUUUCCCACGUUCUAUCAAUCUCUCUCGUACUUAUACAAGCUUGUCUUGGGCGUGUCGCAAAAAAAAAAAAAAGACUAUAAGGGAGAAAAAGUUCAUUUUGCUCCCUUGAUCUGAAAAAUUUCUAAAUCAAUGCCGGGCAAGGAAGCGGAAUAAAGGGCCUGUUGAGGGAAAGAAAACCACCAAAGUUUUAUCCCCCCCCCCUUUUUUCUUUAUAUUUCUCUCUCUCUUUUUUCUGUGCAUUUCUCCAUUUUUUUUCUACUUCCUCGUUUGUUCUUGACAAUGUUGUUUUUGCUUUUCUUUGUAAAAGUAAAUCCUCAGUUUCAUCCUUUUUUUUUGCGCUUAUAAGGUAAUUGGUUGCGAUAAGCAUAGAAACAUACAAAACAUCUACGUAUCAUUUUGGAAUAUUUGCAAGUUGGAGUUUUGAAUCUUGAAAAAGAAAGAAAAAAAACAUUAGUAGAAUCUGAAAACGUGAAUAAAGCGCUUAAGUUUUCUCUUUAAAAAAAAUUAAGAAACGAUAAAUUUUGUUUUCCCUCCCCAUUUAUUGCUCCGUUUCUUGAUCCCUUCUCCUUUUCUCUGUCUCUUUACCCACUUAAAUAUUGUUUCAAAUUUGAUGUGAAAAACAAAUCAGUUAUCUUGCAUGAAAUGGCAAAAAAAAGAUAACUGAAGAUGGUGAUGAAAGAAGAAAAACGAAUAAACUUAUUGCGUGUG